AUGUCCGGCCCCAAUAUGGAGAAUGACUUUCAACUUUUCUCUUCACGAAAUUCUGGCGGGGAUGAGACGCGAGGAAAUGAUCACUUGUUCACACACCCAACCGGAGAGAAUGUGAACCAAGAUUGGACCCAGUGGAUGCGAUGGGAUGAGCCAAUGUUCUCGGAAGGAGAUCAGAAGACAACAGCCUCAUCUAUAGAUCUACCAUCUAUCUCCCCGCAUACAGAUAUGAGCUCCCCGAGUCAUUUGAACUACAAAGACUUCUCACCUAAUCUUCCGCUCGGCUUGAUGGAAAUUCCAUCUGAGCCCAAUGCCGGGAACAACCUUGGGUACACCCACAGCCUGCCUGGACAAAAUUGUCACACAAGCCAGCAACAACAUUUAGGUCUGGUGUCUCCAAUCUCAAGUGUUGGGACAAGCCGGAAGCGAAAGACAGGCAGCGAUGAUGAUUCCACCGCAGUGACUGGACCAGUGCAACCAGGCAAGAAAAUGCCCGCCAAAAAGCGAGCCCACAACGUCAUCGAGAAGCGGUAUCGCGCCAACUUAAACGAUAAAAUCGCCGAACUUCGCGACAGUGUUCCCAGCCUUCGGUCGACCAAGAAUCCAAAUGGAGGCUCGGCCGAUGAUGACGAUGAAGCGGAUGGAGCAAAUGCUGCGAACAAGCUCAACAAAGCAUCCAUUUUGUCGAAAGCAACGGAGUACAUCAAGCAUCUGGAAAUUCGUAACAAACGUCUGGAAGACGAAAACACUGAUUUGAAGAAUCGGCUCCGUCAGGCUGAUAAAGCAGCAGAUCAGGCUGCCACAUCCUCGGCCUCUGUGUCCUCGCCCAGCAACUAUGCCUCGACGGACUCGGGCUCCGGUACAUCACCUAGUGUGUUUUCUCAGGCGGAAGAGGUGUCCAGCGAGAGUUCACCUACCUCUCAGAACCCUCCAGAGGGGCUCCUUCCGGUUCCUGAUGCGUGGAAACGUAUGCGAGCUGAAACUGCAAAGCAAGGAGUCUUUGCCGAGUCAUAUAUCAAAUAUCCCUCGUCAUCAUCCUCAUCGCAUCAUCCGCAAUAUGCCAGAGAAGAUACCUCCACUCGACGUUCAAGGAUGCCCAACAAGUAUAUGCUGGGUGCCCUUGCCGGUCUGAUGGUUCUUGAAGGUAUGGGCUCUGACGAUUCCGAGUCCGAGGCAAAGGGCCUGUUUGCACUCCCCAUCAGCCUUUUCGGCCGUUUCCAAACACCCACACUGGCGCACUGGGAAUUCUACCUGAAGCAGUUCUGGUACUCGUGGCAGGCGCGUGCAUUUUCUCAUUUCCUUAUGCUAGCAACGCUGGUCGUUGGUAGUGCAUUUAUUGUUUUUGUCUACUUGUUCAAUGCGCAGCCCAUCACGCGGCGUGGCCCAUCUAAAUCGGCUUCUGAGGGCCCGACUGCGCCUCUUACGUCUAGUGAUUUCCGUCGGCAGGCUUGGCUGACUAGCAUGCAACGGGUCGGUGUUCCACGUCAUAGAUUCUUCCGAGAGUGGUAUGUUGUUACUUCAAGAUGCUUUGAAUACGUCUUACGAUGCUUGAUGGGAUGGAAACUCUACUCAUGGGCCACUGGAAUCACUGAGGAAGAUGAAAAGGGGCGAGUCAAGACUUGGGAUAUCGCAAUUGAUGCUCAACUCACUGGCGGAGAUGCUGAGAUCAGCAAGAGCCGCCUUGUGCUCACUAUCUUCGCUGCCGGCACACUCCCCUGUACUCCCGCAAGAAUGAUAAUUAAGGCCUUGCAUGUCCGCAUUCUUUUGUGGAACGUGGGAGAGGCAGGCUCCUGGUCGUUCCAUGUGUCAAACGACAUUGCGCGAGCUCUUGCCAGAUUCCAGUGGGGUGUGGCUCGAGAAAUCAAUGCCGCGCUACCUGAGGGUCACCCUGAUCAACUUCCCCCUCACCUUGCUGCCCUGAUCAAGCUGGAUUGCGAGGAUGUCAUGAUUGACAACAUUAUUCAACGUGCUGUGAAUCUGACAUGGAACCGACCAACCCAAGAAGGUACUGGCGACGACGAAGUGCUGCUUGAUGUUGUAGACGAGGACCCGGCUAUCCAAUGUUCACAAGAUGCCCUUGCGGCUUGGUGGUCCAGUCAUCUUUUGCAGACCGCUCUUCUCAACUAUUUCGAAGCAAGCGAGAAGGGCCCGGUGUCCAAGGCAAGCCGUGAUGCAUUCAAAGAGAAGAUUCGUAUGUCUCUUGAUGUGGCGCCAGUGCUUUCCGCCGCGUAUACUCGGGCACUCGUGAUGAAAGCAGUAUUCUUUGAACAAAACCGCAUUGAAAAUGUUGGAGCAGUUCUUGCCGCGCUACCGAAAGAGAAGAGAAAGGGAAGUCAGAGUCACUCAUCCAACUUCCUUGAUUCCUCUCUGCCCGUUUCUGUGCGGGAUGAAAUUUCCAUUGCCGUGCGUUGUGCUAUGAUUGCCACCAUUCUCACCGAACGAUCCACAGGUGACGCCUCCUCACUACCGGCGUCAUUCACCGUUCAAAAGGCUAUCACUUGGUUCAAUCAGCUUCCGAUCGAUCCAGUCGAGCUUUCACUCAUUGGGUUCUCGUCUGUCUAUCAUCUCCUACACCUCCUUGCCUCUGACGUGGAUUAUAUCGCGUCAUCCGAUUCAUCCUCCCCUUCGACUCCAGCUUCGGAGGCUACCUCCUCCGCAGACGAUGAAGCCGAAGAAAAGCCCCGUUCGGCCCAUAAGCUCUUCAUCUGCCCCCGCGACAUCCCCAAUCUCGGGCGGGUAUCAGCAGAACUCAUCUAUUGGGCCCGAAAUGCCUACACCCCGGCCUUCUACGGCUUUUCAUCUACUCUUGUUGAAGUGAUUGUCAAUUCGUGCACAACAAUUUGCCAAAACGCAGGCAUCAAUGUUGAUGACUUUGUGCACGCCGCACCUGACAGGGCUCUAUCCAAGAAACGCAGGACCCGUCGGCGCAGGGGAGAAUCCCAGUCGUCUCAAAGCGACGCCGAUCAAGAUCCAGUUGAUUAUCCUGUCCCAAGACCGCCUCUGCGUCGGGGACGAUCAGCCAGCAACGACACUGGGUAUGGCAGCCUCUCUGUUGAGGAAGAUGAACAGCCAGUACCCCAUUCCCCUCCCAAUGUGCAGGAGGUACCUGCCUGA